AUGCUGCUGCUGCUAGUCCAGAGAACACAUGUUGAGAACCACUGAUCUAAACCGAUUCUCCCAACAACCCUAGGUGGCCAGCGCGCCACAGCCAUGGUGAAUGAAUCCGCGGGGCCCGGCGCCAGGGUGCCCUGGCGGCGAAGGGACGAGGCCCUGCGGGUGAACGUGGGCGGAGUGCGGCGUCUGCUGAGCGCGCACGCCCUGGCACGCUUCCCAGGCACGCGGCUGGGCCGCCUGCAGGCGGCGGCGUCCGAAGAGCAAGCGCGGCGCCUGUGCGACGACUACGACGCGGCGGCCCGCGAGUUCUACUUCGACCGGCACCCGGGCUUCUUCCUGGUCUUGCUGCACUUCUACCGCACCGGCCGCCUGCACGUGCUCGACGAGCUGUGCGUCUUCGCCUUCGGCCAGGAGGCCGACUACUGGGGCCUGGGCGAGAGCGCGCUGGCCACGUGCUGCCGUGCGCCCUACCUGGAGCGGCGCGUGACGCGCCCGCGCGCCUGGGACGAGGACAGCGACACCCCGAGUAGCGUGGACCCGAGCCCAGACGACAUCUCCGACGUGCAGCGCGAGCUGGCGAGCUACAAUGCGGCGCCCUGCGGCCGCCUGCGCCGCCGCCUCUGGCUCACUAUGGAGAACCCCGGCUACUCGCUGCCCAGCAAGCUCUUCAGCUGCGUCUCCAUAGGCGUGGUGCUCGCCUCCAUCGCUGCCAUGUGCAUCCACAGCCUGCCCGAGUACCAGGCCCGAGAGGCAGCGGCCGCUGUGGCUGCGGUGGCCGCAGGCCGCAGCGCCGAAGAUGUGCGCGAUGACCCGGUGCUGCGACGCCUGGAGUACUUCUGCAUCGCCUGGUUCAGCUUCGAGGUGUCGUCUCGCCUUCUGCUGGCGCCCAGCACGCGCAACUUCUUCUGCCACCCUCUCAACCUCAUCGACAUCGUGUCUGUGCUGCCCUUCUAUCUCACGCUGCUGGCCGGCAUGGCGUUAGGUGACAGAGGCGGCGGGGGCGGCGAGGAGAUCGGCGACCUGAGCAAGGUGGUGCAGGUGUUCCGCCUCAUGCGCAUCUUCCGCGUGCUCAAGUUGGCCCGCCACUCCACAGGGCUGCGCUCGCUGGGCGCCACACUCAAGCACAGCUACCGUGAGGUGGGCAUCUUACUGCUGUACCUGGCCGUAGGUGUGUCAGUGUUCUCCGGUGUGGCCUACACAGCUGAAAAGGAGGAGGACGUGGGCUUUGACACCAUCCCAGCCUGCUGGUGGUGGGGCACAGUGAGCAUGACCACUGUGGGCUACGGGGACGUGGUGCCCGUGACAGUGACUGGCAAGCUGGCAGCCUCAGGCUGCAUUCUAGGGGGCAUCCUGGUGGUAGCGCUCCCCAUCACCAUCAUCUUCAACAAGUUCUCCCACUUCUACCGGCGCCAGAAGGCUCUGGAGGCAGCCGUGCGCAACAGUGACCACCGGGAGUUUGAGGACUUGCUGAGCAGCGUUGAUGGGGUGUCGGAGGUGUCUCUGGAGACAUCCCGGGAGACCUCUCAGGAGGGACGGUCUGUAGACCUGGAGACCCAGACCCCCAAGGAGUCUCCAAACUCUCAUAUUUAUUAA